AUGCAAGCCCUUGAACAUACUUAUCACCAGGAAUGGGACACAAUAACCAUCUUUACCGACUCAAAAUCAGCCAUCCAGGCUAUUACAAACUUCAAGUGGGAUGCCAGUGCAUACAUACCUGGAAUCAUAAGACACAUUACAAACUUCAAAGCAUCGGGCACAAAAGUAAGAUUAUUUUGGAUACCUGGACACGCAGGAAUAGCAGGGAACAUGGUAGCAGACCAUCUAGCAAACUUAAGGAGAACCGAGAAGGAUGGAUCAAUCCUCAAGAAUGUCUACAGCGUCCCUGAAAAAAUACGGGAAAUAAUAAAUGACCACAAACAACAAAUGCUCCAACGCAUCAAAGCAACAACAACAAACCUAGCAGUUACAAGCCGGCACAGCAUGGGAAUCCUCCCAUGGCACACCCACAGUGUGAGACCAAUCCAGUCGGCACUAAUAAGACUUCGCAGUGGCCAUAGCAAACUCAACGGAACAAUAAGUAAAUGGGACAUGGACACUCAACCUAACUGCCCCCAUGGAUGCACUGAAACGGAAAACGCAUCCCACGUACUGCUACAAUGCCCCACGUACUCCACAGCCAGAGAAGAACUGAAACAAACGUUGGAAAAGCUGAAGUACCCAAUGGACGUACCAACUCUAACGGGAAUCAACUGCUCAAUAGCUAAACACUCACAAAAAAAAAUUGCCCAGAAAUUAAUUGUUUUCCUAAUCGAGUCCAAACUAUUAGAAAGAAUAUAA